AUGUUUUCGAAUCCGUGCAUCGGGGAACUGUCUUACGAAGGGACCGCCGCCGCGAUCCUGAUGGCAGGUCUCUUCGUGUCCUUCUUCAUCGAGUAUGCCGCCCACCGCAUAGCCGACAAGUGUACCAACCUUGUGCUGACCGUCGCCACCAGUCAUCGGAUUAACGCUCGUCGUUACCGGAGACGCAUUUUCAUCACGCUUUCCAUCGUCAUCGUCUUCCACCAAGCCUUUGAAGGCAUCGCCCUCGGAAGCUGCAUCGCGUCCCUCGGACGCCCCGCCCCACACACAACCCACGCCCACGGCCACUCCCACUCCCACCAUUUCCACGCCACCAGCAGCAGCAGCGACACAUGGUCGGACGAAGACGCGCGAACAAACACCACGGCGUCAGAUCCCGCGAGCUCUCCCGUCCCCCUACGCAAGAAGCUCCUCCUCGCGAGCGGGUUCGCUCUCGUGACGCCGCUGGGCAUGGCGAUUGGCAUCUGCGCGCUCCACCGGUUCAACGGAAACGACCCGGCGACCAUCUGGGCCAUUGGCUCCCUGGACGCGUUCUCGGCGGGGAUCCUGGUGUGGGUCGGCAUCGUGGAGAUGUGGGCGGGGGACUGGAUGCUCGGCGGGUGCAUGGCGCACGCGUCCAGGCUGGUGGCGGGCCUGGGCUUGGCGGCGCUCGUUUCGGGCAUGGCUCUGAUGAGCUUCCUGGGGAAGUGGGCGUAA